AUGGGAAUUAAAGGACUUUCCCAGGUUAUUGCGGAUCAUGCGCCAUCUGCGAUCAAAGUGCAAGAAAUCAAAGCUUUCUUCGGAAGAAAAGUUGCGAUCGAUGCUUCCAUGUGCUUGUACCAGUUCCUGAUUGCUAUUCGCCAAGAUGGUUCGCAAAUGCAGAGUGAAGAUGGUGAAACCACAAGUCAUCUGAUGGGAAUGUUCUAUCGAACUAUUCGGAUGAUUGAUAAUGGAAUCAAACCAGUCUAUGUCUUCGAUGGAAAACCACCAGACAUGAAGAGUGGAGAGCUUGAAAAGCGUACAGAACGACGUGCUGAAGCUGAAAAGGCAUUGACCGAGGCUAAAGAGAAAGGAGAUGCAAAAGAAGCGGAGAAGUUUGAAAGACGUCUGGUUAAGGUAACAAAGCAGCAAAACGAAGAAGUCAAACAGUUGCUGGGAUUGAUGGGGAUUCCGGUGGUUGAAGCUCCGUGCGAAGCUGAAGCACAAUGUGCUAAUCUUGUCAAAGCAGGAAAAGUGUAUGGAACAGCUACAGAGGACAUGGACGCUCUCACUUUCGGAUCGUGUGUUCUUUUAAGACACUUAUUGGCUCCGGAGGCGAAAAAAAUUCCGAUCAAGGAGUUCCAUCUGGCUCGUGUAUUAGAGGAGAUGCAACUGACUAAAGAUCAAUUCAUUGAUCUUUGCAUUCUGCUUGGCUGUGACUACUGUGGAACCAUCCGUGGAAUUGGCCCGAAAAAAGCUGUUGAAUUGAUCAAGCAACACAAAAACAUCGAGACUGUUCUUGAGAAUAUUGAUCAGACGAAAUAUCCACCUCCAGCCGACUGGCCAUACAAACGGGCUCGUGAGCUUUUCCACGAACCAGAAGUGAUGAAAUGUGACGAAGUGGAGCUAACAUGGAAAGAUCCUGACGUUGAGGGAAUCGUGAAGUUUAUGUGCGGCGAAAAGAACUUCAGCGAGGAUCGAAUCCGUUCAGCAAUGGUUAGAAUGCAAAAAAGCCGAAACGCUGGCACCCAAGGACGCAUUGAUUCAUUCUUCACUGUCUCAUCUCAAGUCAAAUGUGUCACAGUUGCUAAAAGGAAGGCUCAGGAAGAAGCUGAGAAGAUGAAAAAGGGUGGCAAGAAGAGUGGUCCACCAAAGAAGAAGGCAAAGUAG